UUCAAAAACAUCACGGACGCUAUUACACGGGGAAAAGUGAUUUAAUUUGCCGCUAAGUGCCACAUAAACUCGGUUGGAAAGAUGAGCAAAUUUAGCUACCUUCAAAACGGCAAAGCAUCGACGAACGGUGUGCCACACGCGAACGGGCACCAUCAGCAGCACCAAAACGGUCAUUCGAAUGGGGUGGCCCGGAAUGGUGGUACUGCCACGGACACGCUGCCGGUAGCUUACCAGCAGAAGGCGGCCACGAGCGGCCCGUUCCAUAUGCCCCGCACCGAGCACGUUGGGUACACGUACGACACGCUGCAGGAAAUUGCCACCUAUCUCCUGGAGCGCACCGAGCUACGCCCGAAGGUUGGCAUCAUCUGCGGGUCCGGCCUGGGCACGCUGGCCGAGCAGCUGACCGAUGUGGACAGCUUCGACUACGAGACGAUCCCGCACUUUCCCGUCUCGACCGUGGCCGGCCAUGUCGGACGGCUGGUGUUCGGGUACCUUGCUGGCGUGCCGGUCAUGUGCAUGCAGGGCCGCUUCCACCACUACGAGGGCUAUCCGCUGGCAAAGUGCGCAAUGCCGGUGCGUGUGAUGCACCUGAUCGGCUGUACGCACCUGAUCGCUACGAAUGCGGCCGGCGGCGCCAACCCCAAGUACCGGGUCGGCGACAUCAUGCUGAUCAAGGAUCACAUCAAUCUGAUGGGCUUUGCCGGGAACAAUCCGCUCCAGGGGCCGAACGAUGAGCGGUUCGGGCCGCGGUUCUUCGGCAUGGCCAACACGUACGAUCCGAAGCUGAACCAGCAGGCGAAGGUGAUCGCGCGCCAGAUCGGCAUCGAGAACGAGCUGCGCGAGGGCGUCUACACCUGUCUCGGCGGGCCGAACUUCGAGACGGUGGCCGAGGUGAAGAUGCUGUCGAUGCUCGGCGUGGACGCGAUCGGCAUGUCGACCGUGCACGAGAUCAUUACGGCCCGGCACUGCGGCAUGACCUGCUUCGCCUUCAGCCUGAUCACCAACAUGUGCACGAUGAGCUACGAGGAGGAGGAGGAACACUGCCACGACAGUAUCGUCGGUGUGGGCAAGAACCGGGAGAAGACGCUCGGCGAGUUUGUCAGCCGCAUCGUCAAGCAUAUCCACUACGAGGCGAAGAAGUAGGGUGGGGAGAAGCAAAUUUUGAUAGAAAGUUGAGGAAACACACAAAACAGACAACCGAGUGACCGUUCUUAGCCGUGUGAGAGCGUGUGGUAAGGGUUGAUCCCUUAUCUCAGACCAAGCGUUCGAUGCGUCACUUUUAAUUAGGUAAAAUCGACUAUUUAGCUAGACAUUAGGUAAGCGUUAAGCGUAAUUGUAACCAUGUAGUAUAGAUAGGUAUGAUUUUUGUUAACAAUCUUAUAAGUGCUUUUUAGAGUGAUUUAAACGACACAGCAAAUCCUUUUACAUUCGCGUGUGAAUUGCAACAACAAAACACAUUCCUUUUAUGUAAAAAAAAGCAACCAAAAAAUCUGUGAAAAAUGCUUAAAAUAAAACAAUUUUAAUUAAAAUCCAA